AUGACGCAAUGCAAAGCUUUGACGACUCCUGAUACCAUGUGGAACUUCUGUCCCUCAAUUGGCGCAGCAUACCUUUUCAUCGUGCUCUUUGGCCUGACAACAGUCGCCCACGUCGUGCAGGCGGCCCUGCACCGCAAGCUCUACUGCUGGGUGAUCGCCAUAUCUGGAAUGAUCCAGACAAUAACUUAUAUCUUUCGUGUGCUAAGCAUCCUUAAUCCAGCUAGCUAUGAAGAAUAUGCCGCAUGGUUCGUGCUGAUUCUCGUCGCGCCGCUGUGGACCAACGCUUUCGUUUAUAUGAUCAUGGGGCGGAUGGUAUGGAAUUUCACUGAUGAUGCACAAAUUCUACGUUUGCGACCAUGGCGAUUUGGUCUAAUCUUCGUCAUUCUUGACAUAAUCGCGUUUAUUGUUCAGGUAUACGGGGCGGCGCAGGCGGCUGGCAACAAUGUAUCGUAUAGCACGGAGAUGACAGGCUUGCACAUUUACAUGGCUGGUGUGGGAAUCCAGCAGUUCUUUGUCCUCGUCUUUGUCAUCUACGCAAUUUCUUUCCACCGCAAGAUUCUCCGACAGCAGCGCCCGGAUCGGAAAAAGGCCUUACUCCUUCUCUAUAUACUUUAUGCAUGUCUUGCUUUGAUCACGAUGCGUAUCGUCUUCCGUCUAUCUGAAUACUCCCAAGGUCUUGACAGCCGGUUACCCCUCCAUGAGGCGUAUCAGUACUGCCUAGACUCAUUGCCCAUGCUUUUAGCACUUGUAAUGGUCAACGCCGUGCACCCCGGGCGUAUAAUGCCGGGCAAGGAUGCCGACAUACCGAGCCGCAAGGAACGAAAGAAGUUGAAUAUUCUUAAUAAGCCAGGAGUCCUGGGAGAUGACGUGAUAUGUCUUGAACACUGCUAG